AUGCUCACGCGUCUUCUCAGAGACGUCGAGGCGACUCUGGUCAACCAUCAGUCGUUGAAAGCCCAUUUUGAUUACGCCGUUGAACGCAACGGAGACUUGAAUCCGGAUUUACGAACAGCCCACGAAUCAGAACUGAAGACUUUUCUCAUUGCUUUGCUAUCCUCGAAGGAGGUGAAGGUCAUUGGCGGCUCCCGCAGCUACAUUGGCCAGCUUGUUUUGUCGGUUAUGCAACAGAAUGAAACGAACGAGGUACGAUCCUCUCCUCCCUCUGUAUAUAUGUAGAA